AGUGUGUCUUUGGCCUGAAAGGAUGCCUGAGCCUUCCAAGUCUGCUCCAGCUCCUAAGAAGGGCUCUAAGAAAGCCAUCACUAAAGCUCAGAAAAAAGACGGCAAGAAGCGCAAGCGCAGCCGCAAGGAGAGCUACUCGGUGUACGUGUACAAGGUGCUGAAGCAGGUGCACCCCGACACGGGCAUCUCGUCCAAGGCCAUGGGCAUCAUGAACUCGUUCGUCAACGACAUCUUCGAGCGCAUCGCGAGCGAGGCGUCGCGCCUGGCGCAUUACAACAAGCGCUCGACCAUCACGUCCCGGGAGAUCCAGACGGCCGUGCGCCUGCUGCUGCCCGGGGAGCUGGCCAAGCACGCCGUGUCCGAGGGCACCAAGGCCGUCACCAAGUACACCAGCUCCAAGUGAGCGGCGGACCUCACCGAAACCCAAAGGCUCUUUUCAGAGCCACCCACUCUAUCAAAACAGGG